GAAGCGGCGCUGUUGAGGACGAUUUUGUUAGCCAUCAAACGGGAGCAGUUUGCAGUGCCUGUGGGUGUCAUGUCUGGUCGUGGCAAACAAGGAGGUAAGACCCGCGCCAAGGCGAAGUCGCGGUCGUCCCGCGCAGGUCUGCAGUUUCCGGUGGGGCGAGUGCAUCGCCUGCUGCGCAAAGGCAACUACGCCGAGCGGGUGGGGGCUGGCGCGCCCGUGUACAUGGCGGCAGUUCUUGAGUAUCUGACCGCCGAAAUCCUCGAGCUAGCGGGCAACGCGGCCCGAGACAACAAAAAGACGCGCAUCAUUCCUCGUCACCUGCAGCUGGCUAUUCGUAACGACGAGGAGUUGAACAAGCUGUUGGGCAAAGUCACCAUCGCCCAGGGCGGCGUUUUGCCGAACAUCCAGGCUGUGUUGCUCCCCAAGAAGACGGAGAGCCACCACAAGGCAAAGGGCAAGUGAGGCCGGUCUCCGGAAGCCCUCCCAAUCCCCCUACUCGAAGGGGCACCUCUGAAAUCAAAGGCUCUUUUCAGAGCCACCCAUUUUUUCAAAUAAAAAGAGUUGUUCCAGCA